AUGUACGCUCAAGCUAUCGUCGCUUUCGGCCUGGCCACCAUUGCCAGCGCUCACAUGAAGAUGAGCUCUCCCGUGCCUUACGGAGCCUCCAGCCUCAACAACAGCCCUCUCGAUGCCAGCGGUUCCGACUUCCCCUGCAAGCAGCGCACCGGUGUCUACGAUGCUGAGGGUGCCUCUAACGUCUACGCUCAAGGCGCAGGUGGCAACCUUGCCUUCAUUGGCUCUGCCGUCCACGGCGGUGGCUCUUGCCAGGUCUCCAUCACCUACGACGCUAAGCCCGACAAGAACUCCGUCUGGAAGGUUAUCAAGUCCAUUGAGGGAGGUUGCCCUGCCAAGAACGCCGAUGGCAACCUGGGUGACAACGCCAACCAGGUCAACCAGGAUACCUAUGAUUUCAAGAUCCCCUCCGACAUGCCUGCUGGUAAUGGCACCAUCGCCUGGACGUGGUUCAACAAGAUCGGCAACCGCGAGAUGUACAUGAACUGUGGCCCCGUUACCAUUACCGGUUCCGCUGGUUCUCAGUCCGCUUACGAGGCCCUUCCUGACAUGUACGUCGCAAACAUCAACGAAUGCAAGAUUAAGGAGAGCACCAACGUUGGCUUCCCCAACCCUGGCAAGGACGUCGACAGCUUUGCCUCAGUCGAGACUGCCACUUGCGGUGGUGCCGCGACUGGUGGCAGCGGUGGCUCCCAGCCCACUAGCACUGCUGGCGCCGGCAAUGGAGGUGCCCAGCCCACCACUACUCCCACCUCUGCUCCCACUGUCUCCCAGCCCGCCGCGUCUUCCGCGCCUGCGGCUUCCGCCAAGCCCUCGGCCUCCAUCCCCGGCGGCGUCUUCAUCACCGUUCCCAACGGCUCCGGCUCUACCCCCACUGCCUCUGCCACUGCCUCCGUUUCCAAGGCUCCCGCUGCCACCGCUGCGCCUAGCGCCGCUCCUUCUUCUGGCACCGGCUCCGGCUCUGGUUCUGGCAACGGCACUGAGACCGGUGCUGGCGCGCAGACUGUCGGUGCUGCUUGCACUGACGAGGGAGCCUGGAACUGCAUCGGCGGCACUUCUUACCAGCGCUGCGCUAGCGGUGCCUGGUCUGCUGUCCAGCAGCUCGCCUCCGGUACCUCUUGUACUGCCGGCAUGGGCUCUUCUAUCAACAUGGUUGUGACCCGAAACGGUCGCAAGCGUGCCCUCCGCUUCCGUUCUCACGCCUAA